CCAAGAAUUGCAGCAAUGCCUCCUCCUGGUGUGUGUCUAAACAUCCUGGAGGCUCGUAACAAACGGGAGGGUUAUGGGAGCAUUGAUAACCCAGAGAAGUUCUUAAACCAAGACUUCAAGCAGCUGAAACAGUACUGUCUCAUCCAAAGAGUAAGGUACAUAGACGAGACGUUCCCCCCUGAUACAAAGUCCAUCGGCCACGGAAUACUGAAACCUUCUGACUUGGCCCGGGUAGAGUGGCUGAGACCAGCGAUAAUUGCUCCUAAUCCAAACCUCGUGCUUGAUGGGGUCUCGAGGUUUGACUUUGGUCAAGGAAAACUUGGAAACUGCUGGUUUCUUGCGUCAAUCGGAGCUCUGACAUUCCAGAAUGACAUCCUCAAGAAUGUUGUUCCUCUUGAGCAAACGUUUAAUGAGGACUACUGCGGGCUGUUCCACUUCAGGUUUUGGAGAUUUGGAAAGUGGGUGGAUGUUGUUAUUGAUGACAAGCUACCAACACUCGAUGGAAGACUUAUCUUUGUUCACUCCAAAGACCAAAAUGAAUUCUGGCCUGCUUUACUGGAGAAAGCCUAUGCCAAGGUGUGUGGUUCCUACACAGACAUGAAUGCUGGAACUCCUGAAGAGGCUAUGAUGGACUUCACUGGUGGUGUUCACAUGUGUAUCAAGCUGUCAGAGCCCCCUCAAAACCUGUGGGAGCUGAUGUGCAGAAGUGGCAACUGUGCAUUGCAGGGCUGUGGUACACCUCAGGGGGAGACAUCACCUAAUGGAUUGGUCCAAGGCCAUGCCUACACUGUCACAGGUGUCAAACAGAUGAUGAGCCGAGGGAAACCUGUAAAACUGGUGCGUUUGUGGAACCCCUGGGGCAAAGUAGAGUGGAUGGGAGACUGGAGUGAUCGGUCACCUCUGUGGCAAACUGUGAGUGCUCAAGAACGUAAAGAAUGCCUUUCAGUUGCUGAUGAUGGAGAGUUUUGGAUGCCCCUGGAAGACUUUUGUAAAUUCUACACUGAUCUUGACAUCUGCUGCCCGUCUCCCAGCUUCCUUGAUGGAAGCUCCUCCAGCCACUGGAGGACCUCAAUGUAUGAGGGCAGAUGGGUUGCAGGUACCACUGCUGGAGGAUGCAUAAAUAACAAAGCCAGUUUCUGGACUAAUCCACAGUAUCGGGUCCAGAUUCAUGGUGGAAAUUUAUGGAAAGAUGGUGAAAAAAAUGUGCUGGUGUCUCUCAUGCAAAAGCCUGACAAGAGAAACAGACACCUGGUCCAAAAUCACCACAUUGGAUUUUCUAUAUAUGAGGUGACUGGACAAUACAAGACACAAAAAGGGAAGUUCCCAGCCUCUUUCUUCAACUAUACUGCACAUGUUGCCCGAACUAAAACCCACCUUAAUGCACGUGAGGUGACGGAGUUCGUCAGUCUGAAGCCUGGAGAAUACCUGAUCGUGCCGUCCACCUUCAACCCCAAUGAGACAGCCUCCUUCAUCCUGACCAUCUUCUCCAAAACAGAGACCCAUGGCUAUGAGAAUUCUGGUUUCUAUGACCAUGACACAGUUGACAAGCCCACAAACGUCACAAAUGCAAAGGAGGACCAACAUAAGCAAUCGUUUUUCCACCAGCACUCUGACAAGUAUAACGAAGUGGAUGCUGAGCAGCUCCAGAAACUUCUAAAUGAAAAGAUCCUGAAAGGAGACCUGAAAUCUGGAGGCUUCACCAUCGAUGCCUGUCGCAGCAUGGUCGCUCUGAUGGAUACAUCAAUCACCGGCAAGCUGAAUGGUGAGGAAUUUGUCCGUCUGUGGAAUAAUAUUGUCACAUACAAGGACAUUUUUUUCCGCACUGAUGUUUCACGAACAGGAACACUGUCCCUGAGCGAGCUGAGGAAUGCGAUCAUGGCUUUAGGAAUGAAUAUUAAAGAUGACAUGCUGAAUUUGAUGGCUCUGCGCUACGGUGCCUCUUCAGGACACAUGACACUGGAGAGCUUCAUCAGUCUGAGCCUUCGCAUGAACUGCGUGUGCAAUAUCUUCAAACAGUUGUCUGAUGGAAAAUCCAUGAGUCUUCAAGAAUCAGAGUGGCUGUACAUUUCCAUGUACACUUAACCCAACAGAGAAGAUGCACUGCAGAGUUCUUAUGAAAUUACAGGAUCCGAUAUUUCAAAAGAACAUUUAUCUUCAUCUGGAAAUUUGCAUGAUAAAUAAAAGAUAUAUUCUUCUGUGAAUGAGCCAUUACACAAUAAGAAAUGAAAGGGCAUUUCCUUUAGUUUAUAACUCUUGAUUCAUUGCAACACAUAUUGAUCAGAAAACAUAAUCAGUCCUAUAAUGUAAAGCCAAAAUCUUUGUAGAAGUAAUGUUUGCCUAAUGCUGGAAUGUUGAAAUAAUAGACUAGUUACUGCAUAUUUUGUAUUGUUACUAGAGUUUUUGUGUAGGAAUAGGUUUACUUCAUUGUUCUGUGCUUUAUAAAAUGCAUUCAUGCAUUUCAGUGUAAGAAAUGGGCUCAUUUUAAUUUCAAAAGUCAAAGGCUGAAAAGCCCUGUUGACCAUU